UUGCGCCACCACCCCCUUUGUAGACAGACUAUCGCCAGGAGUCGACCCACCCCCUCGUCUCCCCCUUCCCCUCAGAUGUCACGUGGCUAGUAUUGACGUCAGUCGUUCCUCAUGACACGCGCAUGGGGUGGAGUUCGUCCUGUUUUCUGUGGGCUGUGGUGGGUGGAGGGGUGUACGGGUACUGCUCGCGGUAGGAGAGUCACGAAGAGGAGUAAAACGGCCACAUACAGCAGCGUCUUGAGUGGAAGAGAAGUUGGUUUCAACCAGAGAUUUUCCUCAAAGGAACUGAGAACCCAAAUAAUGCAAUAUGGAGACAGUUGACAGCUACACCUUCCAGAACAAGAUUAAUCAAAGUCUUCAAGAAGAUGAUGCCCUUUUUACAAAUCAGAAUGUUGGAAGGCAAGUUGAAGCUCUGUUUGAAGCUGGUAGUCAUAACUUACAGAAUGGUAUCAGCUACACUGGAAAUGGACAUGAAUUAUUGGGGCAUUCUUUAACACAACCACCACAAGUAAAUACAUCAUUGACUGGCACCUUAAGUAUGUUAGAUUACAAUAAAACCAAUGAAUUUGCACCAUUUUUAAACUCUGGAAAGAGGUCUUGGGUGUUUGGGAAAGAUCGUUUGAGUUGGGAUGGUUCCCCUGUAGCUAGUUAUAAUGUUGAGAGUAAACUUUUUCGCUGUGUUGUAUGUAACACUACAGGUUUUCUCUCACGAAUUGCAGAACAUUAUCUUGGUACCCAUGCUAAUGCUAAGGUAUUUCAGUGCCCUCGAUGCCCAUACAGCAGUGCAUGGUCAAGAUGUGUUCGCAUGCACAUGAGUAAACACCAUGGAAUACAAAAUGCUCCAGAAUCAUUAUGGAGAGGUCAACCUCUGCUGGAUGAAAUUGUAAGGAUUUUGACCAAGCUAAAGAAUACAGUGGAUGGUACAAGUAAGGAUCUCCUGAGAUCCCCAGUUCCAGAUAAAAGAUAUGCAUGCCCUAAAUGUCCAUAUGCCACAGAUAGAAAAGAUUUGUAUUCUCGCCAUGAAAACAUCCAUAAAGAUGAUAAACCAUUCCAUUGCUAUGUUUGUCUUAAGAUGUUCAAUAGAGCAGACCAUGUGAAAAAGCACUUCUUCCGAAUUCAUAAAGAACACUCAUAUGACAUCAGUCGCAUCAGGCGAUAUCCUACUAAGACUGGUGCUGUUAAUGGAGAAGUUUCAAGAAAAGCUACUUUAAAUGUAAUGAACAUGCAAUCUCACUGUAGUUUUCAGUCUACUGUACAUGCCAAUCAUCCUAUGGUAAAUAAGCAAAACAAUGAAAAUCUUGACGUGGAUCAAAAAAAUGUCAAGAAACGACCACCAAAAUCUUUUCAAUGUACCUAUUGUUCAUGGCGAGGAGUUGACAGUUGGUGUUUACGUCGCCACUUGAACACACACAUCAAACCAUUUGCUUGUUCCCUUUGUGAAUACAAGGCUGCUCGAUCUGAGCGAUUGGCUACCCACAUAUUGAAGAUACAUAAAAAACAUGCAUGCUGCAAAUGUACUUUUCUGACAGAUACCGAGAAGUUAUUAUGGACACAUGUUAGGGAAAACCACAUUCACUCUUCAGAUGCUACUUUGAAGUGUAGUCAGUGUAGUGAUACAUUUGAUUCCCGAUCAGACCUGGAAACACACUGUAUAUUAAUCCAUAAGAAAUCUUUGCUAGAAUGUUGUAUUGAUAACUGCGAUUUUCGUACCACAGAUAUUGCAAUACUUAAUCAACAUCGUCUGGAAAAACAUGGUACCCAUCGAGGUCUUUAAAGAUGGUUGAAGAGUCAAGCUAUAGUGACCAUCACAAGCUUUUGAUGAAAAAUUUGACCAAUAGUCAAGUAGGUCAGAUUUUUUGUCACAUCCAAUCUCUUAAGAAGAAAAGCACGAGUGUUUUCUUGGCUGUUAUCUUGAUUAAUAGGGUUGUUUAAUUUUUUAAAGUUUAUAUCACAUGACUUGUGUGCAGUGUGAUUGUAGUUGUAGUGGUUGUCAGACUUACUGAUUUUAAAUAAUAAUAUCUUUAGCCUUGUGAACAUUUAGAAGUUGUGCAUGUGCUAGUACUCCUCUGUGCUGUAGUAAAAUAAAAGUUCACUACUGAAAUUAAACAUUGUUUACUGUUUAAAUGCAGUAAAAAAAAUAAUAGGAUUUUAUGAAAGAUUGAGUUUUUUGUUUACAGAAUGGAUAGUAAGCACUAGAUUUUAGUUAAAGGUUAAAUUUUUAGUAUACAAAACAUGUUCAUCAGAGAGUAAACAUAAAUCAUGCUGAAGAUUAAACUUUAUUUACCCAUGUAAAAAAUGUGUUGAAGAUUAAACAUUAUGUUAACAAUAUAGUUUAAAAAUUAAGUAAUAGAGCAUUGUUGAAUGUUAAGCUUCAAGUUAACUAAUAUUGCUUGACUGUUAAAACAUCUUAACUUUAAAAGGGUAGUAAUUUAUUAGAACAAAAUUUGGUUAAAUACAAAAUGUUUUUUUUUUAUAUUUUAUUUUACCUUAAUGUAGAACUAUUAAGAAAUAUUUCUGCUGAAGACUCAGCAUUUUGUUAAGUACAACAAAACAUCAAUGUGUUGUGAAGGAGUUUAACUAAUCUUUUAUUGUAUAGUAAAUAUCCACAGUAAAAGAAGUUACAGUAAGUUAUGGUACUGAUUGAUUAAGCUAAACAACCUUGAAUUAUUAACUAAUAAUGAGCUAUCAUAAUGAAAGUAGUUCGAUUAUUUGGACAGUUGAAAUAAUCACAAACACCAAUUUCAUUUAGUUGAUUAUUAUCUUGACAUUAAUCAAAUUCAUUGAAAUUUUACUUAAUUAGUUAUUUUAUGUGACAGCAAUUGAUGUAUUUGAUGCUCAUAAGUAAUCCAUUUUAUUAAUUGUAUGAGUUAAUUGGCAAGUUCUAUUACAAAAAUAAAUAUAUAGUUAACUGCAUAGGUGACAAAGGUACCAAAAUGAAAGAAGAGAUUAAACAAUUGCCAAUUUUUUUAUAUAUUUGAAUUGGAUGAUGUUUCGACUGGCACUCUUUGUCAGAUCAUACGGCUUACAACCAAGCUGUACAAUCUGACAAAGAGCACUAGCUUGAAAUGUCAUCCUCUUCAAAUAAAAAAUAAAAAAUUUGGCAAUUGUUUAACCUAUACUCUACCACAAAGUGUACACAGUUUAGUAUUAAGAUAGAUCUCAUUCUUGAAUGGCAAACUUUACUGAUUCUAAAAACAGAAAUUAAACAAGUGAACUUAGUAGAAGAUUAAAAUUUAUUCAAUUUACAUUAGAAAAAAUA